AUGAUAGUGCUGACAGGACUUCAUGUCAAAGAAGCAGAACAGACUGUAGCUAAACUGGAACAGAUCAAGUCAGAUACAUUCAAUGUCAACACACACACUAUCUCUGAAGUUUUAUCCGAGUUGAUACUUACAAGUACGAAAGAGGAUGAGGUCAAGGCAAUGCAAAUAGGAAAGUCCAAAAAGAGAAAACCGACAGAUAGAUUAAAUGAACUUCAUGAGUACAAUGAAAUAUUUUCACGGGCCAACAUAAUUAUUAAUAUUUGUGAGUUAGAAACGAUUAUAUCCAAUCAAGGCGAAACCUUUUACGGACCUAAUAAAAGCGCAAAGAAAUUUAAAAUGGCAGGAGAUGAGUUUACAAUGUUACUUCUUGUUCCUUGUCAUAGAGAGUAUUUAUAUUCAGGUGAGAGAUAUAAGGAACAUCAUGGCCCUCUUGUUACAUUUUCAGACCAAGAAGUGUCCGAUUGGGAACAUUGCCUUAGUACAGACACUACAUCUGCCAGGAAAAUUGCAGAAUUUCAUAUCAAAAAUCAAAAUUUCCCCGAACAACAAGUUCUAAAUAAAUUGUUUCAACGGUAUGGCAGAAAAGACGAACUGAUAACGACCCUUUGCAAUAAACUUGGUACAUUCAUAAAAGAGAAAUCUAAAAAAAUUGUUCAAGUUAUACCAUCGUAUUUUAAAGAUAGUGAUCUUUGUGAGAAAAUCAUAUUUGUUAUUUGUACCAAAGAAGAUUUAUCCGAAAAAGAAGAAGAAACAAUUAAAAAAUAUCCACAUAAAAUAAGACCGGUAGGAGAGUACAGUUUGGAAGGCAAAACAGUUACACAAAGGCAGUUGGAAACAAAGGAAAACCUGUCGUUUCAAGACUUACAGAAACUUAAGAAAUGUAUAAACAAACACGCUGAUACGUUAUUCUCAAAACAUAAAAUGUUGUCGAUUAUUGCUCCAAGUCCUGUGAGGUCAAAGUUAUAUGGGUCUGAAAAUGCUGACAUUAUUCCGGAACUUUGCAUAGUUUUCUACGUACAUACAAAGAAGUACAUACCCAUUGAAGAAGAACCUUUUGAUAACUUUUACGACGAAAUUCCAGUCGAUGUAAGAGAGGGGAGCUUUAUGACCCAUCCAGCAAAUCCCGUCAAUCAUGAAACAUUAAGCAAUUUGAAAAUGGGUUGCAAUAUUGGAAGUGAACAAAGCAAUUAUACUGGAACUCUUGGUGGAUUCAUAGAUCACCCGACAUACGGUUUAUGUGGUUUAACAUGUGCACAUGUACUGUUAGAUGACGAAUUUAUGGAUGAUCUUUUGCGAAUUGGCUCCAUAAUAUGGCCAAAUUUUCAUCCAAAUGAAAGUGUCACUCAGCCAGGGGGCACAACAAAUGUAAUGGGACGGCUUGUACAAGCUGAUUAUAAAAAAGGAGAAGAUGAUCAGAGUGGGUUAGAGAUCGCUUUGUUCCAAGUAGAAAGACGACAUCCUCACACCGGAACAUUCCUUGGACAUGAUGAUAUGCGAUUUAAUAGUGGAAAAUCAUAUGGACUUUCUAGGAUAAAUGAUGCCCCCGUUGUUAAGAUUGGAAGCACAACACACGAAACAGUUGGGAUAUUCAAAAUGAGUUCACCUGCAGUUUCGGUAAGGCCACUUAGUAUAAUAGAUGCUAGGAGUCUUAAGUUUACUUUACACAACCAGCUAGAGGUGUGUCCACUUACAGACAGGUAUGCAUUCUCAGAACGUGGAGACUCCGGAUCUCUCGUGUUCAUGAAAAGAUCUGAUGAAGAUAACGAAUAUAUCUGCGUGGGUAUGGUCGAAGGUGGAACAGAUUACGGGACAACCAUUGUUACACCAAUAACAUCAAUACUUCAGGCGUGUGGAGUCGAUUCGUUUAAAAGUUUUGAAACGGCUAACUUAUCAGAAGAUCUUAAAAAUGUUGAAACGAGAAUAACGAACACAAUGGAUCAAAAAUUUUCUGAAGUCAUGGACAAACUAAACGAAAGGGGAAAUAAUGUCACCUAAAUAAAAAGUGACGUCAGAUCAAGAUAUAUGCACGGCCAUGCCAUACCAUUUUUAUGGAGUAUUGAAAGCGGUACGAACACAGUAUAAACAUGUAUAGUCACUUUAUAAUUUGUAUGUUGAUGUUCAUCCUUCUUAAAUCUCUCGUUUUAAUAUAUGUCAGAGAAAUCAUUCUCUAAAGAUUCAGAAUGUUAUAUUCUUCUCUAAAUAAUUUCUUUGUUUUAUUCUGAUAUAAGUUAAAAAAAACUAUUGGUGACCACAGACAAAGAUGAUUUGAUUAAUUCCAAUCAAUCUAUGAAUAACUACAGUUAUUGGUUACAAUCACAUAAGUAUAUAGAAAAAAAUAAUUUAAAAUGAUCUUUAUUAAAUAUGCUGAUUGUAUUUUAAUAUCAUUAGAAAGAAAAUACUCAUUAGUGACUUUUAAAAUAUUGCUACAUUUAUUUUGAUGAAUCAAAUACUCAUCAGUGUCUGCCUUUUAAGAUUUUUAAAUUUAUUUUGAUGAAUCAAAAACCAACACGUGUGCUUCGCUGAACAGAGAAAAAUAUGCAAAUCUUUUUAUAAACACUGAUCAGCGGUGCAUGUUCAUCAUGGCACUUUUGAUAUAUGUUUUGUGUUUUUUUUCUUGGUUUUGUUUCUUUUUGCACCAUAUCAAUCACCUUGUUUUGUAUAUUGUGACUUACAACACUUAUUGGCUAGAGAAAGAAAUAUACGAAUUCUGUUAUUUAUUGUUUAAAUAAUACCAUUAGUCAUUGAUAUCUUAAAGUGGCAUAAUGCUCAUUUUUUACUGUCACGCAAAGAAAGAAAAGAUUCAUUUUUCAAAAGACUGAUUACUUAAAAUGGCAAUUGUACAAUAAUUGAUAAUUACAAACGUUAAGAAUUAAAUAUGAAACUGUCAUAAUAUAAAAAGACUGCCUACUUUUUAUAUUGAAUAAUACCGAUAAUUUCAAAAGGAUAUUUAGAGAUAUUUAUGUGGAUCAAAUGGAGAAGUUGAUUUCUCAGGUAAAGUAUAUCAUAAAAUUGACAACAAAUGUGACAAAACGUUAAGUUAUUAAACCCGAAUUCUCACCAUUUACUAUUGGAUGGGCAUAAUGUCACUUUACGAUCACAUCACUAGUAAUCUUCACAAUCAUUGUAUUAUUGUAUGUUUUCUUAUUUGUAACAAAGUUGCAGAACACUUAAAAAUGUUUAUCAAUAGUCUAUUCACGAACUUAAUUAAAGAUCCUGUAUGUUUUGUGAUUGAUAUUGUUACUGUGUAUAUACCACACUUGCAAAAAAUUAUAUAUAUAUAUUAUUAUGCAAAUAAAACAGUUUUCAAACAUCGAAGAAUAUGUAAAAUGUGUACUGCAAAUAUUUGUGCACAUUAUAUUUAAUAAAUUGCAUGCAUCCAUUUCUAAUUGGAAAAUUUAACUUAGAAUUUAUAGAAAAUAAAUUUCUAAUUACUAUUCUAUUUCUUUAUUUACAUAAAAUGUUAA